AUGAAUUUAAAAAUUGAAAAUGCAUAAUAGUCUGAAGAAAAUGCUAAACAUUUGGAUGAUGCAAAAGAAUCAUAUUUUAGUAAUAGUAAAGUGUUGGAUUUUCAAAAUAUCGAUUAAUAUAAUGAUUCGAAUAACUUUGCUUCAUUCUAUGCAUUAAAUAGACUGAGCAAUCAUUUAGAAAAUAGAGCAUCUUACAAUUAGAACUCUUAAUCUGUUAUAUUAAUGUAAAAGUACAAAAGGCAAAAAAUGAUAAGAACUGUGUUUUUUUAUAUAUAUUUAAUAAUUACAGUUUUUUAGCGUCCAACUUGGUGUAACUUUGUUGAUUAUUAAGUAAAAUCUAUGUUAUUUUAGGAAUAUUGCAGUAUCUAUAAUGGUUAAAAGUUACCAACUAUGGUAAAUUUUUAUCUUCCAAUAAGUUUAUACUACUGUAUUGAAAUACUGAUCGUUUUAUAUCUUUGUUUGAGUAAAGUAUUCAAAGCAACAAUACUCGGAUCAGAGAGUAAAAAGAGAGCAGCUAUAGUUUAACUCUUUAUAACCUUUUUAAUUAUUGUGAAUGAUGUUACAGUGAUGAUACUAGAAAAUAACAGUCCAAUUAAUAUCAGUUUAUUAAUGAAACCAAUAUUAAUAGUCCUUUAAAAACGAACAUUACGCGCCACAAUAUUUCACUAUUGUUAAAUAGUAAACAAGGGAAAGGAAAUAUACUACUUGAUGAUUUUUUCCUUAAUAUUUUUUGCUGGAUUAGGUUCAGCAAUUUUUUAAUAAAAAGAGAAUGUUCCAUCAGAAAGCACAAUUUAAUAAUGUAUCGUAAUAAUUCUAUUUGUUCUUUAAACAACAGUUAAUUCCCCUGAUAUUUAUUUACCAUAUUAUGGUGAAUCUAGGGGUUACGUAGCAUAUUUUAUUUUAUUCUAAUUCAUAAACACAACUUUAAUCAUAAAUUUUGUGUUAGCCUUCUUUUAUUCAUCUUAUAAAGAUCUUAUGUAGAAAGAAACUAAAUAAAUUUUAUCAAAGUAUAAUCACAGAUUUAGUCUUAAAACUCAGAAGUUUUUUCGUACGAGGACAGGAUCAGACAUAACACGAUUAGCAGACCUAUCUUCAUUAGAUAAUGAAAUAUCAAGAUCAAUUUACUAAAUUUUAGAUAAUAGAUUUUAUGAGAUUUUUAUUGAAAUAAUUUCCACAUUAUCAUUUAUUAUGAUAUUUUUCACGAUUACUAAUGUGAAAUUAUGGAUUUUACUAAUUUGCAAUUCAAUAAUGUUUGGAGAAUGCCUCUUAUUAAUAUAUUAUACUGGUAAAAGGAGGAUUUGGAGAAAAAAAUCUUUAAUUAUUGAAUUUAUUUUCUCCAGUUCGAUACUAUUUUUAAUUAUCUUAAACAUGCUUGGAUAUCAUGAUCAGAAGAUUUUGCUAGUUUUAUUGUGUUAUAGAUUAUUGAGGGGAUGCCGAUGGCUAUUAAAGAAUAAAAGCUUUACAGUGUUGAUAAUUUCCAUAACAUCCACCUUUUAGUAUAUAGUCUAAUUGUUUGGGGCAUUAUUUAUCUUGUUUAUGCUGUUUACAGCUGUUGGACAAUUACUUUUUGGAGGAAGAAUCUUCUUUUCUGAUGAAAAUUAAGUUCAUUAUGAAUUAGCUAACUUUAAUGAUUUUUUAUCUGGAAUGUGCACAUGCUGGUUUUUAUUAAUAAUAAAUAAUUGGAAUGUAAUAUCUUAUAACUAUGCCAAAAUAUUUAAUACUGAUUUAGUUUACAUAUUUUUCAUUAGUUUUUAUAUUGUUGUAGUAUUGUUCACCCUUAAUGUCACUAUGGCAUUAUUGAUUGAAUAUAUAGUUUAAAAGUUAAAUGUAAAAAAUUAGACCGACGCUUCAUCUUAAGAACCGUAAGAUGAAAUGUUAUCCAAUUAAUAGUCACUAAAAUGA